UUGUUUUCACGACUCUCAAUCCUCAGUAUUCGUAAUGGCGGCCUCAGCUGACGAGCAAAUAGUCAACUUUCUAUGCUAGCGAGCCGCGACCGUAAGCAGUUAAUCAAGUUUAAGCGCGCAAUAAAUGACAAGACAUCGCGGGACGUGAUGUCAAUGCAACAGAUGUCAGAAUGUGUGACGUCUGCUGCUCGCUGCUAGAACUUUUCGAGAAAUAUGAUGCUGAAAACUCGUGCGGCCAGCGUUCACCACUCACCAAGAACGACAUACUGGUGCUGUGCAGCUACGUGCAAUCUUGGAACCAGAGGCAAUGCACUUGCUGCUACAAGGACCCACAGAGCUUCGACAAGUUCAACGCGGUCAUCCAGGGCCUGCUGCAAACGGUGCUGCUGCUGCUACGGCAACUGCGGCAGCGGCUGAGUACUGCCGACGAUCGGGAAGUGCCGGACGAGUCUGCCCUGCUGGACAGCCAAGAUAGCAACCAUGCAGCUGCUUUGGAAGGCUGGUCCUUGGACGACCAGGAGAAGCUCCUGCAUUUCGCCUCUAAAGUGUUCCUUCUCAACUUUCCACUCUACGUGGCCUUCAAGCACAGCCUACACUCAAAGCUCGAGGAGGUGUCACAGGCAGAGAUUGCAGCUCUCAGCACCGUGUGCGAUGUGAAUGAUCUGGACAUUCCAGUGCACCUGCUCCGCAAUGUGGCUCACUUCUGCGGGCAAGGGGGUCUGUCUCUGCUGCACUCCUGUUUCCAGGAGGUGCCGCCGCAGAGGCUGCCCAUCGGGCUGGCCCACGCUCUCGUUUCGCUCGUCUCAAAUUUGAAGCUGUGGAUGAACCUGCCAUGCAUUGUACAGCACUUGGUUCCCCUGCGGUCGUCAGUCAUUCGGUACUUGUGCAGCCGAUGCGAGGGGGAGCUCCGGGGUGCCACCAGUCGCAGCCUGUUUGAGCUGAUGCUGGGGGCGGUCAAGGAUCCGCUGGACGUCCACCUGGCCCUGGACAGGGAGGGCCUUGAACUGGCCUUUCGGUGCUUCGUCUCGCCUACGCUCACCAUGCGUCUCUCGGGCAUUGCCCAGAUCAAUAGCCACAUCAGCAUGCUGAACGAGCUGUGCCACAACGAAACGGUGGUGGGAGCCCAGGCCAUGGCAAAAGCCCUGGCCGCAUGGCUGGUCGAGUAUCGAGUCGUCGAGCACAUCUUUGGGCCCAACCUUCAUGUGGAGGUGAUCAAGCAGAGCCAUCUGGUGCUCGGUCUUUUGGCGUCCGAGGGUCAGCUGACCACUGCGCACCUGGAUGCUGUGUGGGCUGCGGGUCAGCUGAAGCACUGCGGCCGGCAAGUCUUGGAGCUUUUGCCGCCCCUGAUGCGCAGCCUACGGGACGGGCCCGCGCUUCACCUGUACGCUCGCCUCUGUGCCUUGCCCCCCCGGGAGCACAGCGAACAGACUCUACUGCUUGCCUCGGCGUUGACCAAGCACAUGUGGGCCAGCAGUGGCAAGGCAGCGCGUGGUCGGGUGUCCCCCUUUGGCCAACUGACGGGCUCAAGGCCACACGGCAGGAGGUCGCCAGUCAAAGUGUCCAAAAAGGGCUUUCACGAGGCCACUGAUGCUAGUGAAGAAGAGGAGGACGAAGAUGACGAUGAAAAUCCAGUGGCCUUCCCCUCGCAGGGAGCUCAGGUAUCCGGGAGCAAGGACUCUUCUCAGGUGGUCGGAAUGGCCGAGUCGGAGGCGAUGCAGGUGGCCAUGGAGUCCUCUUCAGACAGCCAGGGGAGCUCCCCUGCCCACCACCCCCAAGGUCCCGUAGUGGGCAUAGCAGCACUCAAACCCUGGACCACUGGCGAGGCCCAUGAGGAUGAGGAAGAGAGUGGGAUGAGUGCUGGUGAGGAAGAGGAGGAAGAAGAGGAGACGGAGGAGGAACUGAGCAGCGAGGAGGAGCGGUGCCCCGUGGGCACCCAGAGGCCACCCCAGAUAUUGGAGAGGGCACUGGUUGGCAAGGCAAGGCCACCUGGAUUGGGAGGGCAACCGCAUUCAUCAAGGGGAGAGGGUUCUGCUCUUCCCGUUGAGUUAUCACAAUCGUGGCACGGCACGGAUGGACCUUCAUUACCUUCCCGGACUCUCGCCCCACGAGAAACCUCGAGUCCCGACGGGGGCGGCAGCUGCCACUCCCUGGAGGCCAGCAAUCAGUCGGACAAGAACAUGGCCGACUUCGAAGGUGAGGAGGAAGGGUCGACGACCUGGCCCCGGGUCAUGGUGACGACUCCGACCUCCCGGGAGGUGCCUCUCACGUCGCCCAUCAACGCCAGCCAGGUGUGUCAACCGGGCAAGACGCUGCUCUGGGACCUGCUGCAGGACGGCAAAAUCGAGGAGCUGGGUGAAGAGCUGGCCCUUGAAGCUGAGAAGGUGCUAUGUAGUUUGGUGUGCUGGUAUGUGGACCGCAGUGUGAGAACACAGUUCAUCGAGGGCUGCCUCCGAAACCUGGCACAGAGCAGGUCUGUGGUCGUCUCACUGCGCCUGCUACCCAAGCUACUAGCAUCUUUCCAGCAGCCCAGGGAAGGCGCAGACACACACUGCGUCACCAUGUGGGCGGAGCGUGAACACGGAAUGAUGCGGCUAUUUCUCGAAGACCUUGUACGAUACACAAACAGUCGCAAGAAAUUCUCUGCACCCGCGCACAAGCUUUAUACGCACAGAGAACAGAUACAGGUGCGGCUGCAUUUCUUGUCCUGCAUCUUCUCCGCGGCCGGGUCGCCCGACGACUUUUGUUUGAGCCGGGACCAAGUGGACGUCCUGUGGUCGUGUCUCGCGUUGGACCCAGAAUGUGGAGAUGAGCUCUUCAGCUGGCUCCUGAGUCAAGUCCGCAACAAGGAACAGCAUGCCCUCAGUCCCGACCUUUUUCGUCACCUACUACUGCACAAGCUGCCCCAGGUUCCCGCUGCUUCUACCAGCAUGACGGCACUGCACCUGCUGCAGCAGCUGAGCGGCUCGAACCGGGUGGCUCCCCCCGUUGAGUCUGUGCUGCUCAGUCCGCGCCCUUCCAGCUCCACGGGCUCGUCCCUGGAGCAGGACCACUGUGUCAGCUCCUCGCCACAGCUGGCCAGUGGCAUCGACCAGCUCUGGGAGAUUGCACUCAGGGCGUCGAGCACCGACGUGAGCAUGGCGGCCAUCCAGUACCUCAACAGCUUCUACCUCCAUGCUCACCAGGGCACUCUGGAGAGGGAAGAAGAGUUUGCACAGAGAUGCAUGCACAGCCUACGAACAGCAGCGGACAGCCUAGCUGAGCACCCACAGGAGGCCGAGGAGACGACGCUGACGGUGGUGCAGCGGGCACUGCAGCUGCUCAAGCUUCACCUCGAGGCAUUCCAGCGGCGCUACGCCUUCCACCUACGUCGGUGGCAGCUUCGGGACGGUGCCGGCCUCAGUCCCCACGGAGCGGCGCUCCAGGACCCCAGGGGGGUGGGCAACUGUCCGCUCCGCAUCAUCUGCCAGCCUGCUGGGCUUUCUCACAAGACAACGUUAGAGCUCCAGAGCUGGGACCUCGUGGGCGAUCUUCGUGCCGAGGUGGCCCACUGGUGGGAAGGAAUUCAGCCGCAGCUGCAACCGCAGCUGCAGGCUACUAGUGAGGGUGGCCCCGCAGCCGUCCUGCGCAUGAUCACCCAGGGGCAGGAGCUCACCACCGAUCUGGACGAGAAGCCUUUGGCUGACCUCGGCUUCAAGGAUCACCAGAUUGUGUUCGUGUCGGUAGGAGCCACGAGGCAAAGGCGGCGGGCAGGGGGGCCCGGCCUUCCUGAGCCUGCAAGCCUGCUUCCCUGCCCACCACGGGAGCGACUACCCACCUUGGUGCUCCUGCGGCCCACUUACCUGGAGUGUCUCUUCUCACUCAUGCAGCUUCUCGGGAAUGUCCGGACGCGGAACCGGGCUGGGGAACUGGUGUUGCACACGAAGGCCCAAGUCCUGUCGAGACGAGUCUGGGAAAUACUCAUCAUGCUUCCUACGUCACCCGCUGUGCUUCGUCAAUUUGUACAGGUCGCGCAGGAACCCGAAGGUGCAGCGGUUGCCCUUCAAACUUUGCUCAACCCAGAAGAACCUCAGAAGCUGAUGUACUCCCUCCAGAUCGUGGAAUCCUUGCGUCAGCGUGGAUCUCGUUCCCACAUAGUUCAGCCAAAGGAGAGCGAUGUGGACGUGCAUUCCCAGAACAAUGGACCCUGCUGCUCCACAACCAAUGAAAUUGGAGACGAUGCGAAAGACAUGGGAUUUUCAGUUCCCCUCGGCCCAACCUGGGCAGAGAAGUUCGUGGAGUGCGGGGGCUUGCGGCAUCUUUUCGACAUCUUCACUUCGGGAGUGCUGCAUCCUCAUGAAGGCGAGGAGUGGAAUGAGUGGGCUGAAGACUGUCUCGCCUGCUUGCUGAGGGUCCUAUACCAGCUGAGCGUCGAAGGCGGAGGCAUGGACAUGACGUCCGACGCCUGCCAAGAGACUCUGUCCGUAGACGCUAUCUUGGAACAGCCACGGAAGAAGGUCAAGCGUCAACGCCGUUCCAACCCGGAUCGACUGUUCGUGCCGAGGCUAGGGCCAGUGUUGCUUCAGAUGCUCUCAAGCGCUGAGUCCCUAAGUCUCAUUCGGCUUCUUCAGGGCGCACUAGGAGAAGGUGCCCUCUUACGAGACCCGCACGAACUACGCACUGGCUUCUGGGGUAGGCCUCAGGUGGUGCAAUGCGUCAUGCGGCUCUUGGCUUCGUGGGCUCACUCUCGGCCCCCGCCACCGGGACCUCCACUGUUGCUUCAGCCACCGCCAGGCCAGGGCUUGGACAACUGGCUGCGACGCCUCGUGCUGGACGAUCCCGAUCCCGCCGUGCGACGUGAGGCCUGCACCGGCCUGUACCGGCUCUGCCUCGGCGUGGAUGCGGACGGCCGCGGUGGGCAGGCGUACAUAGGUCCCCUGCUGGCCAGCCUCCUGGACUUCCUGUCCGCAGCGCAGAGCAUGCAACCGUUGCUUCACGAUGAGGGGGAGAAAGAACCUUAUGGACCUGGUUGCCGAGACUACUUCUUUUUGGUGUGCCAGCUUGUAGACAACUUGGAAGAUGAGGUGUCGCCGGACCAGAAACCUGUUGUCGACCUGGACAGCUUAGCAUCGCGCAUCGCUGAGGCCAUCUUCAACAGAGACGUGCGAGAAGGGACGCUGCAGAGCUCUCAGGACGACGACGGCUUGUAUGGGCUGCUGUCUCUAGCCACAGCUGUUGCUAAGCACAACCCCCCGUUCAAGUUCAGCAAGCAGGGUCAGGAGUUUGCCCUGGGCAUAAUGGGCUGCCUGUUCACUGUCAGCAACCAGAGUGGGCAGAGGCGCCUGCUUCCAAAGUGCAAGUCAUCCGGGGUGCGGGCCGCGGCAUAUGACCUGCUCUUGGAGCUGGUGCGGGGCUCUGAGGACAACUUCCGGCUCAUCCAUGCCCGUCUGCUCCAACAACACUGCCCGAAGUCACACAGUCCCUAUCCGUGGGACUACUGGCCCCACGAGGACGGCCGGUCCGAGUGCGGCUACGUCGGCCUGACCAAUUUGGGUGCCACCUGUUACUUGGCGUCUUGCAUGCAGCACUUGUUCAUGCUGCCUCAGGCGCGGGCGUCCAUUCUCUCUGCACAGACAAUAGCCGAGGGAAAGCAUGGCCAGACACUAAGGGAACUGCAGCGGAUGUUUGCUUAUCUUCUGGAAAGUGAGCGAAAGGCCUACAAUCCGCGAAGUUUUUGUAAGGCAUACACGAUGGACCACCAACCCCUCAACACCGGAGAACAGAAAGACAUGGUGGAGUUCUUCACGGACCUGAUCAGCAAGCUGGAAGAGAUGACACCGCAGUUGAAAGAGUUGGUGAAGCACCUCUUCUGCGGAGUGCUGUCCAACAACGUUGUCUCGCUAGACUGCAGCCACAUCAGCCGGACGCUGGAGGAGUUCUACACUCUGAGGUGUCAAGUGGCCGACAUGCGAAACCUUUAUGAAUCCAUGAACGAGCUCACAGUGAAGGACACACUAGAAGGCGACAACAUGUACACCUGUUCCCAAUGUGGCAAAAAAGUCCGGGCAGAAAAGAGGGCAUGCAUACAGCGGCUUCCACGCAUCCUCUGCUUCAACACCAUGCGCUACACCUUCAACAUGGUGACCAUGAUGAAGGAGAAAGUGAACACCCACUUUUCCUUUCCCCUGCGGCUGGACAUGUCCAACUACAUGGAGAGCAACUUGCUUCCCAGCCAGGCACGCCAGGACAACGGGGAGGCAAAGAAAGAAGCCCCGGAUGAAGAUGCGGGAAGCUACGAGUACGACCUCAUAGGUGUCACCGUGCACACGGGCACGGCAGACGGCGGCCACUACUACAGCUUCAUCCGGGAGAGGCAAAACCCUGGCAAAGACAAGUGGUUCCUGUUCAACGACGCAGAAGUGAAGCCUUUUGACCCCUCACACAUUGCUGCUGAAUGUUUUGGAGGAGAGAUGACGAGCAAGACCUAUGACUCUGUCACAGACAAGUUCAUGGAUUUUUCCUUCGAGAAGACCAACAGCGCUUACAUGCUGUUCUACGAACGGUGUUCAUCAGAAAAGCCCGACGGCAAAAAGACCACUGCACAAACCGCAUCUGAAAAGCCUGUCGACACAACGCUAGAGCCAAAGCCAGAGACUACGUUGAGGCUGCCAUCGGAACUGGCCGAGUGGAUCUGGCAAGACAACAUGCAGUUCUUGCAGGACAAGAGCAUAUUUGACCACACUUACUUCAACUUUCUGUACCAAAUGUGCGGCUCCAUACCUCAAACGUUGUCGUGUGGCGAAGAAGCUACGCUGUUGGCUGCGCAGCUGGGAACAUCGUUCGUGCUUGAGACCCUGAUUCAUGCGAAGGAGAAGCCUACCAUGGCACAGUGGAUUGAACUCCUGACGAAGCAGUUCAAUGCAAGCAAGGCCGCAUGUGAGUGGUUCUUGGAUCACAUGGCUGAGGACGAAUGCUGGCCCGUUCAAAUUCUCAUCAAGUGCCCCAACCAAGUCGUGCGACAGCUUUUUCAGCGGCUUUGCAUCCACGUGAUCAAUCAGCUGCAGCCCGGCCACUCGUCGCUGUACCUUCAACCGUACCCUGACAGCGACGACUCGUCUGAUGUGGACAUCAGCCAGAUCGGCCAGUACUCGUGCGUCACGCGCUUUGUGCGAAAACUGUUGGCGCUGAUCGAGCACGGUGCCAAGCAACACCUGCGGCACCUGACCGAGUACUUUGCCUUCCUGCUUGAGUUUGCCAAGAUGGGCGAGGAGGAGUGCCAGUUCCUGCUCUCCAUCGAAGCCAUCACCACAAUCGUCUCCUUCUAUCUUGGCCACAAGCUGGACUAUGUCGAGAUGGUGUCCGAGGAAGAGGACGAGGAGGAGGAAGAGGAAGGAGGUGCGCCCGUGUCCAAGUGCCGACCAGCCUCGCUGGACAAGAUGGUCAGCCUGGUGCUUCUGCUGGUGGAGAAGUCACGCGCUGAGGACCAUCGGUUACAGCUCUCCCAGUCGGACUACAACGCCCUCACGGGGGGGAAGGGCUUUCCAUUUCUCUACCACCAAAUACGGGACAACAUCUGUCUCCGCCAGACUUGCAACUUGAUCCUGAGUCUCUGUCGGUGGAACGAGUCCCUUGCUCCUCAUAUUGUCAACAUGAUCUUCUCCGCGGUCACCAAGCAGCCGGAGGCAAGUGGUCCUUUCUUCAAGCUGCUGUCAAUGCUGGUGGAAUUUGCUGGAGGGCCGCCAGGAAUGCCACCCUUCACUUCGCUUGUCCUACAACGUGUCUGGGAGGCAUCCGAGUACUGCCCCCUGCAGUGCCUCGAGUGGUUGACAAUGCAAGUGCCUCGGAACAAGCUGGCACACUCGUGGGUCCUUCAGAGCAUGGACGUCUGGGUGGAAAAGUUCCUCAUCGCCCAUGCCCUGCAGAGGGUGCGCAAUGUGGCAGCCUUGUUGCUGGUUUCCCUAGUGCCAAGCUCCCAAUUCCGGCAGGCCUUCCGUUCGGGGAGGAACGGGUUGGCUCCACACAAAGAGCUACCUAUGAGCCCAGAAGCUCUCGCUGUGAUGCAUCAAGUUUACCAGUUCCUAUUGCGAUUGCUCAAAAAAGCAAAAGUGUAUGUUGAUCCUGCCGUUCAUGGCACUGCCAAGUUGAUGUACUACUUUGCGGUCCUCACCUAUUGUUUAGUAGGAAAGCAAGAGAAAUUAAUGUUCAGCCCGUUUUUUAUUGACCUCUGGAGCCUAUUCCAGCCCGGCCUGUCAGAACCAGCCAUUCCUGUUCAUCAUAAUAAGCAGACACUACUGCUUUUCUGGUACCAGGCCUGUGUUGAUUGUCCCGAAAACAUCAAGCUCAUUGUUCAAAAUCCUCAUGUCACAAAGAACAUUGCCUUCAAUUACAUCCUGGCUGACCACGAUGACCAGGACGUGGUUGUGUUCAACCGGUGCAUGCUGCCAGCCUAUUAUGGCCUGUUGCGCCUCUGUUGCCAGCAGUCGCGGGCCUUUGCCCGGCAGUUGGCUGCACAUCAGAACGUCCAGUGGGCUUUCAAGAACAUCACCCCAUAUACCACCCUGUACACAGCGGCGGUGGGUGAGUUGCUGAAGCUCAUGGAGCUGUUUGUAGCUCUGCCGAGGAGUGCAAGCGAGCAGGAGCAGCGCGAGGUGGCGUUGUUCAAGCGCACCACCCUGGCGCUUUACUUGAGCCUCGACCCUCGCGUCUGCUGGGCCACCCUGGUGGCUGCCCUGCGCAUCCUCAUCUCCACUCCGCAGGAUCGCUUGCUGGCCCUGGCGGCUGGAGGACUGCCCGUCCUCUUCCAGGCCCUGCACACACUGCACGUAAUGUACCACGAGGCAACGGCAUGUCACGUGACGGGUGACCUGGCAGACUUGCUGUCCCUGGUGCUAGAGCUGUUGCGCACAUGUGCUUCAGCCAAUGCAGCUGAGCCACUGGCCACCCUGCGGUCGUGGCCGCAAUUGGGUGACGGACUUCGGCGGCUGCUGACACUACUCAACAGCUACGUGCCUCCGCAAGUGCGCCUUCUCUGUCUCGAAGUGCUCAAGGAGUUGGUGACCUUGCUUCCUCGGGAGACUGUGGGUCCCGUUGUGCCACUGCUGGCCAGCUGCCACAGCAGCUUUCUCGAGAGCAACGGGCUGAUGACCACGGGUCCAUACUUUCCCCGGAGAGGCCAGAAGACUUACCCGACCAAGACGACGGUAAGGCCACAGCGUCCCAUUCUGCAGAUGUUCCUCCAUCUGAGCCAGCUGGAAGCAUCCAAGGGAGUCGAUCCUGAGUAUGACCAGGCCCUUUUGGACUUCUUCCUCCCGUACCACCAGUUUGUGGAGACUCUCUUUAGAGCAGCCUUGUCCCAGGGACUGAUGUCUCAAGACCUGGUGAACCUGAGUGCCAUGGUGUCCAUCGAGGGCGUUCCAUUACACAUCGAUCUUAUUCCUCGGCUUUGGCUGGAGGUCCUUCAGGGGGAGAAGUCCACAGAGUUUGGCGAGUUCCUGCGGAGUAGCACGUACUGCACCAACUGCGUGUCGGCCGUGCUAUUAGAAGAGCGCGGCUAUCUCAACAACCCCAUGGUUUUCCGGCUAUUCUCACUCUUGGUGCCAAAGGUUGGCAAGCAGGUUCUCAAGGAAAGUGUCACCAACCUCAUCCUCUCUCGGGCAAACGCCCUGGUGACGUCGGACGUGACACAAGACCUUAAGAAGCAUGUUCAUCGCGUCACCGCUGACCUACGUGCAGUCCUCCUUGUGCUUUCGGUGCACGAGGGCAUAGCACCGGCCUGUCUUGGCUUGGCCGACUACUUGCGCUCACUGGAAAGCCAUUGCAAGGAUGUUCUGUCCAAGGCUGAGAAAGAGAAAAGCGAAAGUGAAGACGUGCCCGACUGUCCCCCUGCCAAGAAGCCCCGGACUCCACCCACGGACGAGGACCGACCGAUUGGCCCACGUUCUCCACCGGAGCCGCCUCCGCCGCCCAGCGAGGCGGACCUUUUGCGACCGCUUCUCGAGACGGUCCAAGCCCUCCUCAAGCUGCUGCCCGGCGGAGAACAAUCCACGGCAUCUUCCUAGCAUCUUCUCCUCUAGUCUGGCUGUUUAAAAUUUCGUUUUUUUUUUCUUCGUAUGAUUUCGAAAAUGCCGAGUGGUCAGCGAAGCGAGCUUUUCUGCUAUCGUGGCGGGGGGGAAUGGCUCGCAAGUCGGGUCUGCGGAAGAGCGACCGACUAUAACUGCACCGCUCGGCAAAAACCAGGUCCUCUUCCGUCAACAGCAACGGAGGUGGAGAUGUCAACCCUCUUGCUGUCGUUGCUGCCACUUUUUGGUUUCCUGCGUUUUCAACUCCCACGGAGUGUGGCUGCAUGCGGUCGACAAUGACAAGGAACACGCGGCAGUGGUGCACCCAUUCUCCGCUGCCGCCACCAGCUGAGCGUCCUUCCGAUUUUUUUCAUAAAUGCGCGAGGACAUCAUUGCCGCCACCAUUUAUGGAAGCAGCCAGUUUUUGAGUUUCUUUAUUUUAUUUUUUUCUUUGUUUGCCACACCACACUUCAGCUGUGAUACUUUAGUCUUGGGUGAAAGCUUGCUUGCCACUGUUUUUCGUUCUUCCGCGCUGAGCCACUGUUUAUUUCUUCAUUUCUUUUUCUUCUUCUUUGGGAGUCAGAACCAUACUGUGUUUGCAGAUUUGUAGCGUUUUUUUUUUUUUUUUUUUUUUCACGCAUUCCCAUCUUCUCCGGAUACCUACAGCUUUUCACAUCCUCCUCAGUUCAUUGAACGGAAACAGUUUUUGCUCGACGCGACGCAGAUCGGUGGUGGGCGUUUUCAACCCGAGAACAAGAAGAAGUGAAGGUUGAGGAGUUUUGCCAGAGCACGGCGUUUGCUCGGCUUGUACAUUUAGUUUUAUAUGUUUUGUUUGUGCCCGGGAGCGCAGGGAGCGGCUCGCUCCUUUUACGAGUGGCGCCAGCCGCCGGUGCUCGUUGGAGGGGUAAGGGUUGCAGACAGUAAUGGAGCUCUCCGGUUGACCGGCAGCCGAGUUGUGGGAGGGAGAAAGAAAAUCGGCAACAUAAAUAUUGACUCUGCGACGAAAGACACCGUUCUUUUUUUUUUUUUUCAUCCUUGUUUGUGUUAUUUAUUGCCAUGUAUGUAUACGCGACUCGCCGAUAUUUUUUUUUUCUUGAAAGACGGAGACGGAAGUGUUUGUUAGCGGUGUCUGGCGUGAAGGCGUGUGUGGAUGUGUGUGACUGGAAGUUUUUCUUUCGUGGCCCGACUUCUUCGGCUUUGGCGCUGUUUCCUUAAGACAGCAACUGUUCGUUUCUAUUCUUUCCUUUUCAUCGACGGUUGCAGCGAGAGAUGCGCUGUAAUAAUCACGGCAUGCCCGCUGCUGCCAACCGGCAUCCACACCUCUAAUGGGUGGUUAAGCACUUUUUUUUUUACAUCAUCAAAAGGACUUUGCGAAGCUGCCUUUUUAUAUAUUGUUUCCUCACUUCAUUCGACAGAGGGAACGGGAGCUGUUGAGUCACUUUCUUGAAGCCAGCUUUUGUUCUUUUUUUUCUUCCCAUCAUCUCUGUUCUCGUGAAACUGCCAGCUGCAUUUAUCUGUUCCUGGCCGUUAUGUACUAUAGUGGCUGUGAAUACUAGGUCCUCCUCUACUUUCAGAGUCAUGCUCAAAAGAAUAAAAAAAAAUGAAAAUUCUCGGUCCACCUGAUUCCU